UCUAGUUGACCAGUUCUGGCCUGGUUUAUAUCUGGUUUCAUUACUCACAGCCCCUUUGAGUCAGUUAAUGGUUGUCUGUGAUGGGUCUUUUCCAGUGCACAUGUUUUCAUCUUCCAGAUUGGGACAACGAAUUGGUGUGUUACAAAGAAUUAAAUGAGGAUCUAACCUGUACCUGGCUGCCAGUACCUAGUGCUGCAAAUACAGUUAAUUACACUGUAUACUUAAAAUGGAACAAAAUACGAAAACUUUUUCAACGAAAAACAUCAUCACCUUCCAUCACAAUAGAACGGACGAAUCUCUACAUGGAGAGAUUUGUAUCCAUUUGGAUAGCAGUGAAUUAUGCUCAUGACACCUGUGCAAAAGGAAAGAAUAUCUCAAUUUUACCAAGCAAAGCAGGAAAGUGCUUGUCACCAUCUAACAUAAAUGCUUAUCAGAUCACAAACCAAUUGAUAAUUAAGUGGGACCUGACGACAGCUCAUGCACAGUAUGAGCUGAGAUACAGAGAGGCACUCACAGAAUCUGCUCCAUGGACACUGGUGCCUGUAGGAAACAAUGUUGUCAAUGUCACCAUUUCAAAUUUAAAUGCUAUGUCUUCAUACAUUGUUCAGCUCAGAUGCAUAACCAAGGAUGGCCUCAACUGUGUUUGUGUUUGGAGCAGAGAGAUUUUGGUCCCUCACAAACUCAUGAACAAGCCCAGAAUAUCAUAUAAUGUAACUACACAAGUCUCUCCAGGAAGAAGAAGUGUUCUUCUGAGAUGGGAGGUAGCACAAAGUGAGAACGUCCUUGGAUAUUUUGUUAAUGUGGAAAGAAUACCCAACAGCUGCAGUCGCCCACCAAAUCACAUCUCUCUCAAAGACAGAAAAAUUCUUGUUAAUCUCUCCAUGGCUCACUAUAGAGUUAUUAUUUCUGCCUAUAAUGAAGCAGGAGAAUCUCCACAAGCCUUCUACAUUGUCCCAGAAUUCUCUGUAGCAGACUUGCCUGGUAAAAUCCAUGUCAAAAGCCAGGGAACUAGUGCAGUCGUCACAUGGACUCCAGAAUACAAUCCAAAAUGUUUUGUGGUUGACUGGGGCACUGGUAAAGAGGAUAUGCGCAUGAAAAUAAUAAACAGACCUACCAGCAAUUUCACAUUAGACAAUUUUCAGCCAUAUAAGUUGUACAAAAUAAUGGUACAUGCAUCUGAUGUGUGUCAGUGUGAAAGUUUCCUAAGACAUGAAAAGACUUUUGGAGUGACCCACUUUUACUCCAUUGAAGGAGUUCCUAGGACUGGUCCUGCUAAUGUGACAAUUCUGAAUAUAACAAAGCAUUCUGCACUUGUAAAGUGGAGUGAAAUAGCUGCAGAAGACCGUUUGGGCUUUCUCCAGGGAUACAGGAUCAGUUACACAGAUUCAUCAAGGAAAAACUCUCCAGCUAUUACUCUCAACUCCUCUAUCACAAGUUACCAUCUUACUGGACUGAAGGAAAAGACCACCUAUCGUGUGCAGAUUUCAGGAUUCACUAAUGCUGGAGAAGGACCUCUGACUCUUUCUCAAUCUUUCAGCACUCCAAAAUAUGAUAAAGGAGAACUUGAAGGUUUUGUGAUUGGUCUUUGUUUCAGCAUGAUACUCAUUCUGGUUUUUGCACCUCUCACUUGUUCUCUGAUGAUUAAAAGGUAA